AUGUACCUAAAUGAUGAGACCUUGUGUCUUUGCCCCACAUCAUUGUGUCCCAGAAGUGUAGAUGAUGGGACUAGCUAUUGGCUGGAUGAGCCUGAAAAAUGGCCAGGGGAAAGCAAAAGGUGGCUGGUUGAUUUCAAGGUUGUUCAGAGGGAACAAGCUAGAGAAAAGGCUCAAAAGCAAGCUGAAGCAAGAAACGGUGGGAAAUCUCAGUUGGAGGCUCGCGCGAAGGGAUUACAGUUGAAGUGUCCUGUCUGCAAGACACCGGCAGCAAAUUAUAAAGUUGUCGUUCAACACAUGGAGGCCAAACAUCCCAAGGAGACGAUUCCUCCUGAAUCUGCUUUCCAAAGCUAG